UUAAGUUUGGGAUGUACGGGAGAAGUGCGCAGGCUUGCCAUACAGCAGCUGUGCUUCUCCCUCUUUCAGUGGAGCAGAGACUUCCCGCAGGAACGCAGUUAAACCGCUUCAUUUACAGCUGUCGGGUGGAUUGUUGGGCAGGAUGAGUGCGGAUGGAGCUGGGAAGCCGGCGAAGGUGGGCUCGCUGGUGGAGGUGAUCGGUAAAGGCCAGCGAGGUACUGUGGCAUAUGUGGGGGCCACGCUCUUUGCAUCUGGGAAAUGGGUGGGAGUUAUCCUGGAUGAGCCGAAGGGCAAAAACGACGGGACGGUGCAGGGCAAGGCCUACUUCACCUGCAAGGAGAAUCAUGGGAUAUUCGUGCGGCAGUCUCAGAUCCAACUGAUUGAAGAAGGAGGGAGUUCUGCUACCUCUCCAGACACUCCUGAGUCUGGUGUCUCCAAGGUUCCUCGGAAAGAAAUCGCAGAAACGCCAGGGAGAGGAGUAAAGCAGAUUCCAGCAUCACGGAAGUCCGCCGUGCGCCGUAGUACCAAGUGGGGCACUCCAGGUCGACUUUCUUACUCUUCAUCCUUCCCCUCCCUUGUCAUGACGGGGCGUCCCUCUGCAGCUGGUUCGGUUCCUGAUUUGGCCGAGAUCGAGCCGGCCACUCCUUCCCAGACUGCAUUGGGAGCUCCCAUGAUGCCUCAGCCCAGCGGAAGCCCCGGAGGCUCCUCCCACGCCGCCUCAAGCAAGGAGGAGGAGGCUCUUAGGGCACAGGUAAAGGAUCUGGAUGAGAAGCUGGAGACUCUGAAAAUGAAGCGAGCAGAGGAUAAGGCAAAGCUGAAGGAGCUGGAGAAACACAAGAUCCAACUGGAGCAGCUGCAGGAGUGGAAGAGCAAAAUGCAGGAGCAACAAAACGAUCUACAGAAACAGCUCAAAGAGGCCAAGAAGGAAGCUCGUGAAGCUCUGGAGGCGAAAGACCGUUACAUGGAGGAGAUGGCCGACACAUCGGACGCUAUUGAAAUGGCCACUCUGGAUAAAGAGAUGGCGGAGGAGAGGGCGGAGUCUCUGCAGCAGGAGGUAGAGGGUUUAAAGGAGAAGGUGGAGGAGUUAACCAUGGACCUGGAAAUACUCAAACACGAGAUAGAGGAGAAAGGCACAGAUGGUGCAGCUUCCAGUUAUCAUGUGAAGCAGCUUGAGGAGCAGAAUGGCCGUCUGAAAGAGGCACUGGUCAGGAUGAGGGACUUGUCGGCAUCGGAGAAGCAGGAGCACGUGAAGCUGCAGAAACAGAUGGAGAAGAAAAAUUCUGAGCUAGAGACUCUGAGAGCACAGAAAGAGAAACUGCAGGAGGAGAUGAAACAUGCUGAAGCCACUAUUGAUGAGCUCAAAGAGCAGGUGGACGCUGCGCUGGGAGCUGAAGAGAUGGUGGAAACUCUGACUGGAAGAAAUCUGGAUCUGGAGGAGAAAGUGAGAGAACUGAGAGAGACUGUCAGUGACCUGGAAGCGAUAAACGAGAUGAACGAUGAGCUGCAGGAGAACGCGAGAGAGACUGAGCUGGAGCUGAGGGAGCAGCUAGACCUGGCGGGAGCUCGCGUCCGCGAGGCCAACAAACGAGUGGAGGCGGCGCAGGAGACCGUUGCAGAUUACCAGCAAACAAUCAACAAAUACAGAGACCUCACUGCACACCUACAGGAAUUGAACCGUGAGCUGACCAAUCAGCAGAGUGCUACGGUCGAGCAGCUCCAGCAGCCUCCCGCCGAGCUCUUCGACUUCAAGAUCAAAUUUGCUGAGACCAAAGCCUAUGCCAAGGCUAUUGAGAUGGAGCUGCGUAAGAUGGAAGUGGCUCAGGCAAAUAGGCAGGUUUCUCUGCUCACCUCUUUCAUGCCGGACUCGUUCCUGAGACAUGGAGGAGAUCAUGACUGCAUCCUGGUUCUGCUGCUCAUCCCCAGACUCAUCUGCAAGGCUGAGCUGAUCAGUAAACAGGCUCAGGAGAAGUUUGAUCUGAACGGUAACGUGGUGGAGCGCACAGGCCUGCGUGGGUCAGCUGGGGAACAGCUGAGCUUCGCCUCUGGACUGGUGUACUCCCUCACCCUGCUGCAGGCCACACUGCAUAAAUAUGACCAGGCUCUGAAUCAGUGCAGUGUGGAUGUGUAUAAGCGGAUGGGGACGCUGUUCUCUGAGAUGAGUGUGCAUGAGCGCUGUCUCGACUUUUUAAUUGAACUUCUGCACAAAGACCAGCUUGAUGAAACUGUGCAAGUGGAGCCCCUUACUAAAGCCAUUAAGUACUACCAGCAACUGUACAGUAUCCACCUGGCUGAGCAGACUGAGGAUUGCACCGUACAGCUGGCCGAUCACAUCAAGUUUACCCAGAGUGCCCUGGAUUGCAUGGGAGCAGAGGUGGGGCGUCUGCGUUCCUUCCUGCAGGCGGGACAGGAAGGGGCUGGGCUUACGCUGCUAUUGAAGGAUCUUGACACUUCUUGUGGAGAUAUCCGUCAGUUCUGUAAGAAAAUCCGCAGAAGGAUGCCUGGCACCGACGCUCCAGGAAUACCUUCAGCCCUCUCUUACCCUCCUCAGGUGAGUGAGUUGCUGGCUGACUGUAGGAAGCAGCUGGCCCGGGUGGUUGCUGUUCUGCAGGAGAUGGGAGCAGCUGGAGCGCAAAUGAUCGCUCCACUCGCUGAACAAGAGGGGCUGUCCGCACUCAAACUGGAGGAUGUGGCCUUUACCGCAGUGGAACAGGUUUAUGGUUCUCACGGCCUGAACCCGAACGAGUGUCUGCGUCAGUCGUGCAGCGCCGUCAUAGCAACCAUGAACAAGAUGGCCACGGCCAUGCAGGAGGGAGAGUAUGAUGCAGAGAAACCUCAGCGUGUGUCUCCACCUGUCGAGGCUCGUGCAGCUGCACUCCGUGCUGAGAUCACUGAUGCUGAGGGUCUGGGCCUGAAGCUGGAGGACAGAGAGACUGUCAUCAAGGAGCUUAAAAAAUCCCUCAAAAUCAAGGGGGAGGAGCUAAGCGAGGCAAACGUGCGCCUGAGUUUACUGGAGAAGAAGUUGGACACGUCCACCAAAGACGCAGACGAACGAGUGGAGAAGAUUCAGACCAAACUGGACGAAACACUGACCCUGCUGAAGAAGAAAGAAAAGGAAUUUGAAGAAACGAUGGAUGCCCUGCAGGCUGAUAUUGAUCAGCUGGAGGCUGAGAAGGCAGAACUAAAACAAAGACUCAACAACCAAUCACGAAUGACCAUCGAAGGGCUUCGUGGGCCACCAGCGUCUGGCAUUGCCUCAAUUGUUACAGGAACGUCUGCAGGUGGAGUGGUGCCUGGUAUGGGAGGUAUAGCUGGCGCUGUGCAGGUGGUGGAUUCUCCUCUCCUGAAGCAGCAGAUCGAUGUUCAGAGACUUGCCAUCAAACAUCUGAAGAAUGAAAACUACAGGCUCAAGGCUGAGAAAAUGAAAGCCCAGCUGGCCUCUCUGCCCCCGCUCAUCGUGCCCAACAUGGCCAGAGUGAUAAAAGAAGGAGUUCUGACUGAAGGAGCUUCAGGAUCUCUAUACCGAAAAACUGACCUGCUGCUCAACAACCUGCUGAAGAUGAGCGCCGUGGUCCGAGUGGUGGACAUCACCGGGAAGACACCGGUUAGCGCAAGCGCUCAGUUGUUGGAGCAAACAGCAAAACUACAGUCUCUGAGUGACACACUGGACAAACUUAAGAGUGAGGUGGCCUCGCAUGUAGUAAGUCAGCAGACAGGAGCUCAGGCUCGCUCAGAUUUUGCCACUUUCCCCUCAUCAUACUUUGUCAAGGCGGAGGAAGAGAAGAAGAGGUGUGGGACGGUUCUGGUGGGUAAAGUGAUGAUCCCCUGUGCUCGUGGUAAAGAGCAGGUGCACUCCCUCGUUCUGACCCAGCAGCAGCUCCAGUCUGUGCACCGCCUCCUGAUUAAAUAAACGGCCUGCUUCCACCAAUCAGAAUUACCCUUCAGCAGAUCUACUCCCUAUUCUUCCGACAGCAUGCUCAGGAACAGGCUAACACUCUUUCACCAUGCCAAAGAGAAUCACUUCUACUAAGCAGCUACUUCUGUUCGUACGAGCUUUUCUACGUUCAGCACAAAUUAGCACCACAUAUUCUGAACACGAGAAACAAAAGCUCAUAUACCUCAGAACAGGAACAUUCUGUGUAAUUGUGGCAAAAUUCACCAAUAUUUAUUAUUUGUUAACUGGUUCCGAUGAAUCAGUAAAUAAUGAAGUAUUCAAAUUUAGCUGCAGAUUCUUAUGCAAUUUUUACAACUUACAACUUUUUUAAUGUUUUGGAAGUGGCUCUUCUGGGCAUCACACAUUUUGAUGACGUUUGAUGUUAGUCUUGUUAGAUUUUUUCACACAUGCUAAUGAAGGUAGAGUGUGUAAGGAACACUGCACGCUUAGGUAAGGGGAUUAAUGGUUAGACUGAAAUAGAGGUUAACUUAGCUUUGCACUACUAAUCACUCUUCGUUCUCUGUAAGCCUGCAGUGAGACGCAGCGAAAAUGGACCAAACCAACACAAACCUGAAACAGUAGCUUUUAGGAACUUACUGUUUGUGAUUUUCUUUCAUUCACCAGGAAGCCCCCCAAUCAUCUGUCAUUCUGUUUUUAUGGAUGCUUAAUAAUAAAAUUUAAAACAUGAUAAUUUGUAAUGAAAUGCAUUUUUUACCACUACAAGGGUUUCUAUACAUGAACUUUCAACGUGUUCAAGAUUAAAUGUGUGACCAUAAUUUUGCCCAUAAUAUGACACUUUUGGAUCGUUGGGUUUUCUUGAUAAAAUGUAAUCCUAUUUAACCAGUUCUGCUUGUUGAACAGAUAUCAGAUGUAAGUGAUAAGCAAUGUUGGUCCAUGUAAUCUGAUAUUUAAUGGCUUUUGCAUUUAAACGUAAUAAAGAAGAGCAAAGAGUA